AUGUCGGUACAAGGACUUCACGUCCUCUCAGAAGGUUCAAGCCCAGUGGUCGCCGAUGUAAUUUUUGUCCAUGGCUUGCGAGGAGACGCGCUUGCUACUUGGACCAGCUCCAAGGUCUGCUGGCCCAGAGAUCUACUGAAUGAGGAUGCGGAGAAUGCUAGAAUCGCAACGUGGGGCUACGAUUCUGGCGUGGCUUAUCUCAACGAGUUCUCGAGCCAAAAUAGCAUCUUUGGCCACGCCGAAAACCUUCUGUCCGAUGUCGCACGCCUACGAAGAAGGACGCCUUCUCGGCCUCUAAUUUUUGUUGGCCACAGCCUUGGAGGGCUUGUCAUCAAGGAGGCUUUAAUCAGGUCUUCGGAAUAUUUGAACAAUGGACAGGAUCUGCGACUGGGAGCGGUAUAUAAAGAUACAAUAGGGGUCGUAUUCAUAGGCACCCCUCAUCGAGGAAGCGAUAAAGCUGGGCUCGCCGAAAUCGUGGGAAGGAUCGCGAAGGCUACCUUGCGCCAGCCAAAUAAAGUUCUUCUGAGAACUCUCGAGGAGGAUUCUGAUGUCCUAGAAAGGCAACGAAGGUCAUUCGCAUCUAUCAGCGAACGAUUGCAGUUGGCAUGUCUGUUCGAGGAGAAGCCGAUGGCUGUCGGUAUGAUCGUUCCUGAACGCUCGGCUUGCAUCGAUGGCUUUCGCGUGAAAACAGCCAGUAUUCCCAAAGACCAUUCGGAAAUGUGCAAGUACUCCGAUAGGAAUGAUAUUGGAUAUCAGCGGACUUCAGACUAUAUUCUAGAUCUACUCGACAAAGCACAAGAUGCCCAGACCUCAAAUGACCGUGCUCAAACAUCGAGUGACCUUAUGAUUGUUAACGGAGCGAAAAACAUAAUACUGUCCUCUCUCUCAUUCCCAGGAAUAAAUGAUCGAGAAGAGGAGAUUGCAGCAGCCUUCAAGAAAACAUUUGAAUGGGUCUACAACAAUUCAGAAACUGGAGGGCUUCUUAGUUGGUUAAAUCACGGAAGCGGCAUCUUCUGGGUUAAUGGCAAGGCUGCCUCAGGAAAGUCGACGCUGAUGAAGUUUAUUCUUUCUGAUCCAAGGCUUCGCCUUUACUUGAAGCGGUCCGCUCCUCAAGCUCGGCAUGUUGUGGCUAGCUUCUUUUUCCAUGACCGAGGGACCGAGAUCCAAAAGUCUUACGAAGGUUUAUUGAGGUCUAUUAUUUACCAGGUCGCGAGCCAAGCUAGUGAUCUGAUUCCAACCUUAUUUCCGCUCCUCUGGCACACCGUUUAUACAGAAUGGAAAGGGAUACGUUCAAGGCAGCACAGCAUAGAUUGGACGCGGAAGGACUUGCUGCAGGUCUUUCAGAAACUACUUUCUUAUACGUCGCCAGACCUGAAAUUAUUCCUUUUGAUCGAUGGAUUGGAUGAGUACAGUGGUAAUAAGGUCGAUCUGGCAGACGUGCUCAAAGCUGCCGCUCUUACAUGGGAACGGGAGAGCCCGGAUAUCAAGCUCUGUUUGUCUAGCCGGCCAUUGAACGAAUUUGAGGAAGCAUUUGAGAAACUGCCAACGAUCAAGCUUCAGGAGCUUACACUCGGAGACAUCCAACUCUAUGUCUCAAGCAUGUUCCAGAACACCAGACAAAUGAUUUACCUCCGAGGCACGGAUCCGAAGAAUGCCAAACAAUUAGUUGAAGACAUUGUGCAAAAGGCUUCGGGUGUCUUCCUGUGGGUCAGGAUCGUUGUUGAUUCUUUGUUGGAAGGCCUCCGCAAUGAAGAUAGCAUGGAGGACCUCAGGCGGCGACUCGAAGAAUUCCCGGCCGAGUUGGAACCGCUCUACACACGCAUGUUAGAGAAAAUCCCUCCACGAUAUCUAGUACAAGCCUCCCGCUACUUUCAAAUCGCACAGGCAGCUCAGGAACCGUUACCAACACUCUCAUUUUGGUCUGCUGAUGAGGAUCGCCCGCCAACGACAAAUCCUACCGAGAAUUUGAGUCUUGAAGAACUCAUUCAUAGAUGUAGUCAAGUCGAUGCAAGAUUGAGAAGUCGUUGUGCUGGACUGCUUGAAAUUAGGUUCAGAGAAGUUAAGGAGGCAGGUGAUGUGCGACAUGUAACUCCCACCGGCAUACAACCAACUACCCAGCAACGUAUCGAAAAGAUCACAAACGAAACAGAAAAUUUGACGAGCGGGGUUGAAAGCAUCUCGGUUGGAAGGACCAAAUCCAUCAAUGAGCUCUUUAGAUCGAGGGUUCAUUUCUUGCAUCUGACUGUCAAGGAGUAUCUCUUCAAGUCGUACACUUGGUCGAAAAUCUGCCAGUUGACGCAGAGCCUUGCGUUCGAUGCUGAAGUAUGGCUUGUUCGGACUUAUCUUGGGCAAGUCCGUGCAUGUUUCGAUAAGUACCGUCAGUACGAACUGUGGGGCAAUAUCGAUCUCUGCGUGUAUCAUGCCAGUCAAGCAGAGCGAACAGUUGCCAAACCUCAGACCACAACAUUGAACGAGCUUGACGAAUUCCUGAGCGAGACUACUGUGAAAAGAUUCUUGCUUCAUCUUUUUGAGACUUCAGAAUGUUUGUUCACCGAGAAUACUAAUGAGGCCCACUGGACUCAAUUCCGGAUCCGACACGAGCGAAAUUUUGGGCGAGUUUUUACAGGAGACACGAUGUUGUCCCUUACAGUCUCUGCUCAGGCAUACUUGUACGCAACCCAAGUCCUUCAGAGCCGUAAAGGGUCAGUCAGUGACAACCUUGCAGGACUACUUCACCUGUCAAUAUCCCGCAUACCUGAUGACCCGGGGGCAGACCCUCAGGCGGUGCAGCACAUUAACUUUAUAUUUCUCUUGCUUCAGAUGGGUGCCAAUCCAAACUCAAGGUUCGAUGUCACCCCGCCUCUACCGCAUUCACCCUGGCAGCUAGCUCUGAUGAGUGCUUGGUAUCGAUCCAGGACUCAUUUAUUAAAAUCAACAAGCUUUGACUACAAACUAUUGUCCGUAUUAACCAAAUAUGGUUCCGAUCCAGACUCCCGCAUUGAGCUUGAAGGCGAAGUAUCUACAGCCCUAGAAAUAGUCACGGACAUGUGCUCAGGUAAUCCGGAGACUGCGCCGCUGCUCGAUCAUCUCAAGGAGCGACACACGCAAAAGGAACGAAUAAUACCACUGGGUCAGAGGCUCGAAGAUGGGCAGUCUGCUUUCGAGACCACUGUAGCUGAAGAAUUCGAGGAACAACAGGCACAAAUGCUGCGAGUGCGAAAGGCAGGAAAGAAACUCGAAUAUCAGCAGUCUCUUUUUGAGCCAAAUUCGGCCACGGCAAUCGCAGAAACAAGCCCGAAAAGCAUAGAUGGGGCUAGUAGUCCGCGAAGGAGUCUUAAUGAAGAGCUUCUUGAAAAUGUCGAGGGGAGGAAACCUAGGAAAAGAGAUCCCUUUCUGCGCUUCUUGCGGAUUUCCAAAGGACAAAACGAAUAG